UUGUAUCAAAACAGGCUGAGUGGUUCAAUUCCAGCAAGCCUUUUCAACAUUUCAACCCUCCAAAUCUUGACAAUUGUGGAUUGUCAGCUAUCGGGGAGUUUACCAUCAAAUGUAGGGCAAGGGACACCAAACCUCAAAGAAAUUUAUUUGGGAAUGAAUAAUCUCAGUGGAGCCUUCCCUGCUUCUAUUUCCAAUGCUUCAAGACUCACUGUUCUAGACCUUUCUAACAACAUCCUCUCAGGUUCCAUUCCUGAUUCCCUUGGUAAUUUAGAAUUCCUUGAACUUCUACAGAUAGGCCUUAACAAUUUGAUCUAUCAUAAUCCCUCUUCACAAUUAACUUUCCUGACUUCACUGACAAGAUGUCGAAAUCUAAGAGAACUCGUCAUUGCACAAAAUCCCUUGAAUGGCGUUCUUCCAGCUUCUAUCGGUAACUUCUCAAGCUCUCUCCAAAUCUUUCCUGCACCCGGGUGUAAACUCAGAGGCAGAAUCUCAGAAGAAAUAGGAAACCUAACAAAUGUGAUAUCCAUAUCACUAUUUGCCAAUGACUUGACAGGGUCCAUCCCGAAAACUGUCAGAGGUUUGCAGAAGCUUCAAGGGAUUCUUAUACAAAGUAACAUGAUAAGCGGGACUAUACCAGAUGAAAUUUGCUACUUGCAAAAUAUAGGAAACCUCAUUUUAGGUCAAAAUAAAAUGUCAGGUCCCUUGCCAUCCUGUUUGGGGAAUGUUACUUCUUUGAGAAAUUUAUAUCUACUUUCAAACAAGUUGAACUCCAGCUUACCGGAGACCCUAUGGAGCCUUCAAGAUCUAUUGGUACUUGAUGCAGCAUCAAAUUCAUUUUCUGGUGUUCUAUCUCCCCAAAUAGGAAACUUGAAGGCUGUCAUAGACAUUGAUUUAUCGUACAAUGACUUUUCAGACAUGAUUCCUAGCACUAUGGGAAGUCUACAAAAGUUAGUUAAUUUAUCUCUGUCACAACAGAAUAGAUGGCCCCAUUCCAGAGUCUUUUGGGAAAAUGUUGAGCUUAGAAUUCUUGGAUUUGAGUUAUAACAAUCUAACUGGCGAAAUACCAAAGUCCUUAGAAGCUCUUGAGUACCUCAAAUACCUUAAUGUUUCCUUCAAUAAACUCGGCGGAGAAAUUCCAACUGGUGGUCCUUUUGCAAAUUUCACCAAUCUGUCAUUUGUGUCUAAUAAUGCAUUAUGCGGUGCAUCAAGGCUCCAACUGCAGCCUUGCCAAGGCAAAUCUCAUCGGAGGACGACGAGAAAAAGAGUGCUUUACUUGUUUCUGUAUAGUCUUUUGGGAAUAACAUCAAUAAUUGUUGCAUUAUCCGUUGGAUUGCUGAUCUUAAGAAGAAGAAAGAGAAAUGAACCAUCAGGAUCAACUGAGGUAUCAUCCAUGAGAGCCCAUGAAAGAGUUUCAUAUUAUGAACUUCAACAAGCAACAAACGGAUUCAGUGAGAACAAUUUGCCUGGUACUGGGAGCUUUAGCAAGGUGUACAAGGGAGUUAAGAAUGGGACGAUAUUCGCGGUAAAAGUAUUCAAACGGGAACUUGAAGGUGCAUUCAAGAGCUUUGACACAGAAUGUGAGAUCUUAGGCAACCUUCGCCAUCGGAACCUGGCAAAAGUCAUAACUGCUUGUUCCAAUCCUCAGUUCAAGGCCUUACUAUUGGAGUACAUGCCAAAUGGCACCCUCGACAAAUGGUUACACUCACAUGACUUUUUCCUGGAUAUGUUGCAGAGGUUGGACAUAUUCAUCGAUCUAGCAUCUGCUUUAGACUAUCUCCAUAACGGUUAUUCGGAGCCAGUGGUGCAUUGUGAUUUGAAGCCUAGCAACAUUUUGCUUGAUGAAAACAUGGUUGGCCAUUUAAGUGAUUUUGGGAUUGCAAAAUUGUUAGGUGCAGAAGAUAGUUUUAGACAAACUAAGACUAUUGGAACCAUUGGAUACAUCGCGCCAGAGUAUGGACAAGAUGGACUUGUAUCAACAAGUUGUGACGUGUACAGCUUUGGUAUUGUGAUAAUGGAAGCAUUCACAGGGAGGAGGCCUAGUGAUGAAAUGUUUACUGGGGAUUUGAGCCUAAAACUUUGGGUAAACGACUCACUCCCUACUGGAGUUACACAAAUUGUGGAUGCAGAUUUGAUAAGGCCAACAAAAGAACCUCUAAAUGCAAACAUGCAGAGAUGCUUGGUUUCCGUCAUGGAAUUGGCUUUAAGCUGCACUUCAGUGUCACCAGAUGCAAGAAUCAACACGAAAGAAGCUCUCUCGGAACUCAAGAAGAUAAGAAUUCAAUUGAUCACGAGCUAAAAUUGAA